ACGAGGUUGACGCGGAGGGAGGAGGCCCAGGAUGGCGGCGGCGGGGGCAGCUACGGACAUUUUCGGCGCUCGUUACCCGGACGAGUCGUCGGACAGCGAACCGGAGCAAGAACCGGGCACCCCGCAAAAGCUCAUCCGGAAAGUGUCCACUUCCGGUCAGAUCCGCAGCAAGACGUUGUUGAAGGAAGGAGACUUGAUGAAGCAGACCAGUUCCUUCCAGCGUUGGAAGAGAAGAUAUUUCAAACUGAGGGGAAGAACGCUUUACUACGCCCAGAACGCCAAGUCCAUCAUCUUUGACGAAGUGGACUUGACGGACGCCAGCGUGGCCGAAUCCAGCAUCAAGAACGUCAACAACAGCUUCACGGUGAUCACCCCGUGCCGGCGUCUGAUCCUGUGCGCAGACAACCGGAAGGAGAUGGAGGAGUGGAUCUCGGCUUUGCGCAGCGUCCAGAACCGGCAAAACUAUGAGUCUACCCAGUACAGCAUGGAGCACUUCAGCGGAAUGCACAACUGGUACGCCUGCUCGCACGCCCGGCCCACCUACUGCAACGUGUGCCGAGAAGCUUUGUCGGGAGUCACCUCACACGGACUCUCCUGUGAAGUCUGUAAAUUUAAGGCUCAUAAGCGUUGCGCGGUCCGAGCCACUAACAACUGCAAGUGGACAACGCUGGCAUCCAUCGGGAGGGACAUCUUGGAGGACGAGGACGGGGUGUGGAUGCCCCACCAGUGGCUGGAGGGGAACCUGCCCGUGUCAGCCAAGUGCGGCGCCUGCGACAAGACCUGCGGCAGCGUCCUCCGCCUGCAAGACUGGCGAUGUCUUUGGUGCAAGGCUAUGGUGCACUCGGGCUGCCGGGAGCAUCUGUCCAUCAAGUGUCCGCUGGGCCAGUGCAAAGUGUCUGUCAUCCCCCCCACGGCGCUCAACAGCAUCGACUCUGACGGCUUCUGGAAAGCAUCGUGUCCUCCGUCCUGCACUAGUCCGCUCCUGGUCUUUGUCAACUCCAAGAGCGGAGACAACCAGGGCGUCAAGUUCCUGCGGCGCUUCAAGCAGCUGCUCAACCCCGCGCAGGUUUUCGAUCUGAUGAACGGUGGACCUCACUUGGGGCUGCGUCUCUUCCAGAAGUUCGACACCUUCAGGAUCCUGGUGUGCGGAGGCGACGGCAGCGUGGGUUGGGUUCUGUCCGAGAUCGACGCGCUCACGCUGCACAAACAGUGCCAGCUGGGGGUUCUGCCGCUGGGAACCGGCAACGACCUGGCCCGCGUUCUGGGCUGGGGCUCCGCCUGCGACGACGACGCUCAACUGCCUCAAAUCCUGGAAAAACUGGAGAGGGCCAGCACCAAGAUGCUGGACAGGUGGAGCGUCAUGGUGUACGAGAGCAAGUUCCCACGGCAAGGCUCUACUUUUGAGGCUGAGGACUGCGCUGACGACUUGGAGGUGCAGCAGAUUCUGACUUACGAGGACUCCGUAGCCGUUCACCUCUCCAAGAUUCUGACGUCGGACCAGCACUCGGUUGUCAUUUCCUCUGCCAAGGUUCUGUGCGAGACGGUGAAGGACUUUGUGGCGCGGGUGGGCAAGGCCUACGAGAAGAACACAGAGCUCUCACAGGAGUCUGACGUCAUGGCCAAGAAGUGCGGGCUCCUGAAGGAGAAGUUGGACCUCCUCCUGCGGACUCUGACCCAGGAGUCCGAGGCAUCCCGUCGGGCCGCCUCUCCUCUUCCUCCGGAAGAUGGGGGCCCCUUGGCUUUAGUGUUGCCCCUCCUCUGCGCGCCUCCUGGCCCCUCCCCUGACUCCGCCCCCUGCCCCGCCUUUAAGCCUCGCGAGCAGCUGAUGCUUCGGGCCAACAGCCUGAAGAAGGUCAUCCGGCAGAUCAUCGAGCACGCUGAGAAAGCUGUGGACGAGCAGAACGCGCAGACGGCGUCCAUCUUCUCGGCACCCGCGGCGCAGGUGGACGGCGGCCCGGCCGAGGACCGAGAGGACAGGGUAGACCGAGAGGACGACGACAACAAGGCGGCGGAGGAUGACGCCAAACGGCGGGCGGCCGGCCGAGCCAGCAAGACGCCGCCGUGCGAGCGGCUGACGAGAAAAGGCAGCCUAUCGCUGGGCGGCUCCACGUCACUUCCCGCCCACGCGCCAAGUCGAGACAACGUGCCCAUGCUCAACACCAAGAUCUUCUAUCCCGGUCUGCAGGCAGGCGCGUCUUCCUCCCUGUCUGACGGUUCCCUCAUCAGUCGACUGCUGCUCAACGCCGAGUCGCUUGCGUCAUGUGACCCCGACAACGUGGACCGCUACACCGAGAAGUGCGUGAUGAACAACUACUUUGGCAUCGGUCUGGAUGCCAAAAUUUCUCUGGACUUCAACAACAAGAGAGACGAACACCCCGAGAAGUGCAGGAGCCGCACCAAGAACAUGAUGUGGUACGGCGUACUGGGAACCAAAGAGCUGCUCCACAGAACCUACAAGAACCUGGAGCAGAGAGUUCUGCUGGAGUGCGACGGGCGAGCCAUCCCCCUUCCCAGCCUGCAGGGCAUCGCCGUCUUGAACAUCCCCAGCUAUGCCGGAGGGACCAACUUUUGGGGAGGAACCAAAGAAGACGACACCUUCACCGCUCCGUCUUUCGAUGACAAAAUUCUGGAGGUGGUGGCUGUGUUUGGCAGUAUGCAGAUGGCCGUGUCUAGGGUCAUCAACCUGCAACACCACCGCAUCGCACAGUGUCGCACAGUGAAGAUCGCCAUCCUGGGGGAUGAGGGGGUUCCGGUGCAGGUGGACGGCGAGGCCUGGAUCCAGCCUCCGGGCUACAUCAAGAUUCUCCACAAGAACCGGAGCCAGACGCUGACCAGGGACCGCGCUUUUGAGAGCACCUUAAAGUCGUGGCAGGACAAGCAAAAAUGCGAAUUCCCUCGGGACCCGGCCGCUCCGACGCCACUCGGCAACCACCCCGAGAUCCUCACCGAGGAAGAGGCGGCGCUCCUACGAGACUUGGCGCAGGAGGUCGGAGUCCUCAUCGGCAGCAUCUGUCAGCUAGCACAGAGUCACCGCAGUCUGGAACAGGAACUGGCGCACGCCGUCAACGCCAGCUCCAAGUCCACGGACCGCGUCUACACGCAGACCGGCGCCCUCAGGGCGGCGAGCUGCAGCGCCGUGGUGGCCAUGGUGAAGGACGUGAAAGCAUUGCUCAGCGAAACAGAGCUGCUCCUGGCGGGAAAGAUCUCCAUGGCGUUGGACGUGGCCCAACAGGAGCUGUUGAACAGCGCGCUGAGUCGCGUGCGUCAGCGUCUGGGCGGCCUGGCGGCCGUUCCCUGGCUAAACCUCGACCCGCCGGAGCAACAGGAUCCCCUGGCUAAGCCCAGUCGUGGCGCCAAAUUUCGCCUGGUCCCCAAGUUUAAGAAGGACAAAAACAACAAAGUCAAAGAGACAUGCAGCUCUCUCACUCUGCCAGUUCACCAGUGGGGCACGGAGGAGGUCGGGGCCUGGCUGGACUUCCUGUGCCUGCCGGAGUACAAGGACAUCUUCGGGCGACAUGACGUGCAAGGCGGCGAGCUCCUGCACCUGGAGCGGCGAGACCUCAAGGACCUGGGCGUGAGCAAGGUGGGCCAUGUGAAGAGAAUCCUCCAGGGCAUCCGAGAGCUGAGCCGCAACAGCAGCGCCAGCGAGGCCUGAGCCCCGGCGAGGCCUGAGCCCCGGCGAGGCCUGAGCCCCGGCGAGGCCUGAGCCCCGGCGAGGCCUGAGCCCCGGCGAGGCCUGAGCCCCAGUGAGGCGAAGCCCCGUAGCGCCGCUCCAGGCGACCCACAAAUGAGCCUUGGGCUGGCUGGCGUGCCUUCAACGCCCAUCGACCUGAUGUUCACCCGUGUGCCUUGUGAUGUGACUAAUUAGCAUCAACUUUUAUUUCCAUUCCCACACUCUUGUCAUUAUUUAUAUUUUAGCUUUGCUUUGUUUUCUUUUUUAAGGCAAAAUUGGUGCAAGUUGCAGAGAAGAUAAAAAAACAUUUUGUAAAAACAUGGGGGG